AUGUCGGAGCGAAAAGUUUUAAACAAGUAUUACCCCCCCGACUUUGACCCGUCGAAGAUCCCCAAGCUCAAGCUCCCCAAAGAUCGGCAGUACGUGGUGCGGUUGAUGGCCCCCUUCAAUAUGAGGUGUAAGACGUGCGGAGAAUACAUCUACAAGGGUAAGAAGUUCAACGCGCGCAAAGAGACGGUGCAGAACGAGGUCUACCUGGGCCUGCCCAUCUUCCGUUUCUAUAUCAAGUGCACGCGCUGCCUGGCAGAGAUCACCUUCAAGACAGACCCCGAAAACACAGACUACACCAUGGAGCACGGAGCCACGCGAAACUUCCAGGCCGAGAAGCUCCUGGAGGAGGAGGAGAAGAGAGUGCAGAAGGAGCGGGAGGAUGAGGAGCUGAACAAUCCUAUGAAGGUGUUGGAGAACCGAACCAAGGACUCCAAGCUGGAGAUGGAGGUACUGGAGAAUCUGCAGGAGCUCAAGGACCUGAACCAGCGGCAGGCCCACGUAGACUUUGAGGCCAUGCUGCGGCAGCACCGUCUGUCCGAGGAGGAGCGGCUGAAGCAGGAGCAGGAGGAGGAUGAGAGGGAGACGGCAGCCUUAGUGGAAGAAGCCAGGAAACGAAGACUGCUGGAGGACUCCGAUUCGGAAGAGGAUGCUGCUCCUGUCCCGCCCCAGCCGGCCUUCCUGCCCAACCCCAAACCCACAGCAAUCCUGGACGAAGGCCCGAAGGCGAAGAGGAAGACGGAGAGCUGGGAGCGGAGUGUGGGCACCCUUGGCAGCAGGCCUCAGCUCUCAGGCCUCGUUGUGGUGAAGAAAGCAGGCCUGGAUCGCAGCACCCAACAGGGCCAGCUGGCACCCACACUGGACACUGUGAGCAACGGGAAAGCCGAAGACCCUGCAACCAGGACGCCCGGCACCUCCUCUCUGAGUCUGCUGGGUGCAUAUUCGGAUAGUGAGGACAGCAGCAGCAGCAACUGA